UGGACGGUGGGAUGAGUGAGUGGUGCCAGUGUGGAGCACCUGGUAGUCAGUCAUCUGCGGGGCUCUGGUUCUGCGUACAGUGAACAAACUACACAGCAAUGCGGACGAAGAAGGGCAAAAACGAGCGGAAUAGUCCGGUUUUCUUUAACAACCCGGCGGGUCGGGGCUUUGCUUGUUCGUAAGACAUAAUUUAGCAGGGAUUUCGUCUCUAAAACCACACAGAAAAGGACAUCCCUGGCUUGGAAGUAGCUCUGGGGCGGAUAUUUUCCCGACAAAACCCUUACCCACAUUCGUAUUCCCAGCCCCGGUCGUGUGGAAUAGUCAGCUGAAAGAAUGAUUGCUUGAAUAUUUUUAUACUGUCUUGUAGCCUUUUUUGCACCUCUUCCCAUUUUUUACAGACUCGCCAUGGUGGACUCCCCUACCAUGAGGAAGACUUUUGUGGUCCCAGAGAUAAAGCCAUUGGAUUUGUAUGACUGUACUAAAGCAAAAAUAUGCGCUAGUGUCCGAUGGCUAUUGGCAAAGUCCUACGGCAGUGCAGAGAAUGUCCCUGCAGAGCUGCGUGACCCCUUCUACUGUGACCAGUAUGAGCAGGAGCAUCUUAAACCACCAGUCAUGCGCCUUCUGCAGUCCUCAGAGCUCUACUGCCGCACCUACAGCCUUUUACUAGGGGGCACCGGAGUUGAGGAACAGCCCAAAGACACCGUUGCCCUGGUGCAGCUACUCACUCAGAGAGGCAUAGUCUCCAAAGUCCAGGACACACCAGUGACUGAUGCAGACCUCCUACAUAAACCCAUCAAAAUGAGUGCUCACCUGGCAGUGAUAGAUGCCCUGAUGACCAUGGGAGCCAUGGAGACGGUGACUGCGGUGAAGACAUGUGGUUCUGCCGAGCUACUGGGUGGAUCCUCCAGCUGGGAGGAUGCUCUGUUUCUUUGGGUUAAUGUGUUAAACCAGAAGUUGAAAGAACGUUCUGAAGGGGCCCAGAGUGACAUGUCUCAGGCCACUGCAGAGCCCCAACCUGUUCAACCCUCUUGUCCUACUCGCUGGUACUGGAAACUUGUUCCUCUCCGCUACAGGAAGGAUAAAAUUCAGUCCAAGCAAAAGCCUAUCUUUCCAGUGGUGAAUGAAGUCAAAGACCUGUCCAGUGGUUGUGCUGUUGCUGCAGUCAUACAUUACUAUUGCCCUGGCUUGCUUAGACUUGAAGAUGUUUGUAUGAAGGAGUCCAUGUCUGUAGCAGACAGCCUGUACAACCUACAGUUCAUCCAUGAAUUCUGUGACAGCUGUCUGAAGAGCUGCUGUCACUUGGCACUGGAGGACAUGCUAUACACACCACAGGAGCUUCAGCUCAACUUGCUGAGCUUCCUAGCAGAACUGCUUAGCUGGUUUGAAGUUCGAAGGCCAGAAUUUGUUCAGCCAAUAGACACAUUAGAUGGAUCCACACCAGUAACACCAAGUAGCUUGAGUGGUAACAGUACUUCCCCUUCUAUCUUCAAGAAACCUUUCCUUCCCAUCUCCUCUCCUGCGUCAGGAUCUUUGACUCAGUCUACCUCAAUGUCUCAUAUAGAAGGAGUUGGAAAGACAUGGAGCAAGAAACCUCUCAGUCGCCCCUUGUCAGCAGUAUCCUUCAGCAUUCCUUUUGGCUUGGACAGUGAUGUAGACAUUGUGAUGGGCAACCCUGUGAUAACCCGCUCUGUGAGCUCAGACCAACUCAACCCAGCAGGCCAAAACGUGACCCGGGUGCCCUACACCCCUCCUGAAGACCUCAGCCAUUUGUUGGGCAAACCCUCUGGCCCCAAUGGUCCACAGAGAGCUUCCUGGGCCACCCAGACUCCCAGUAUUCCAAGGCUGGCAGAGGAGAAUGGCCUUGCGGCAAGUGAAACAGGAGAGCUGCCUACCAUUGAAGAGGCUCUCCAAAUUAUCCACAACGAGAGCAAGAUGGAGCCUCGUUUACACCCUGAUGGUGCUCCUGAUGGCUUCUACCUCCACUCUCCCGAUGACCCUGCUAGUUCUAGACAUAACAGCAACUUAGCACCCAUCAGCUGCUCUGCCCCUACACGCUCAGGAAUGAUGUACCGGCCCACGGGAGAGUUCAGGGAGCCCACUCGCACCAGAAACACCUCUGAAUGUUCACGAGAUGAUGACUCUGUCUUGAGAGACGGCAGUGUGGACUCAGAUGCAUCAGAAGACCUGCCUAAGACCCAGUCCACUCCAACCACACCGGCUGCUGGUGCACACUCUGCUAGAAGCCAUGGCAAAGAGGUGUCUGACAGUGGUGUGAAGAUGACCAGCUUUGCAGAACGCAAAAAGAAGCAGAUUAUCCAUUCCCCCAAAGCCAGUGACCCCUCUUCUCCUCAGAUGACCACAUGGGCACAAAAGUCUGAAGAAAGCCCCAGCAAGAGCCCACAACUCAAUAAUGAGAUGUCUGAGCUGGGGGUUCGGCUCGAAGAAAAGCGCAAGGCUAUCGAAGCUCAGAAGAAACGCAUUGAGGCAAUUUUUGCAAAGCACCGGCAAAGACUGGGCAAGAGUGCCUUUCUGCAGUUAAAGAAGGAGCAGCGUGAGGACGAAGGCGAGGGGGAAGGAAGGGAUGGCCAGGUCAGCACCUCAUCCACAGAAGAAGACCUCUCUCGCUUGACACUGGAAGAAAGGCUAGCUCGAAUGGAAGAGGAAGAGCAGCAGGAACAAGAUGAGCAGUGCCCCUCAAUGGCGGAUGAGGGUAAUGUCAAAGGAGGACUCAAACAGGUCAGUCACUCCAAAGAAAAGGCAGGUACACCUGGAGAGAAGGGCUCUAGGACACCUGGUGAGAAAAUGGUAGCUCCUCUAGGGGACUAUAACAAUGCUGUUUCCAAGCUAACUGCAGCUCUUAGCUCCUUGCAAAGUGACAUGCAGCGGCUUACUGAGCAGCAGAACCAGCUAAUCAACAAGAAAGCUCCAGCUUCCAGCAAUAAAUCCUGGGUCAUUCCAGCCAGCCCUAAAACAUCCACCCCAGCCAGCCCUAAAACAUCCACCCCAGCCCCUCCCCCUGCACGUCUGCCGCGAGAAUCCACCCGAGAUUUAAAUUCAGUCUCUUCCUCUCCGUCUCCAUCUCGCAAAAUCACAAACCACACCACUCCUCCUAAAUCUCCUCAAGUCCAUCGUAGAACCCAAUCUGUGCCCCCUAAAAGCCCCAAACACCACCAACACAGUCGUCCCUUGGACGUUAAGGUCCCAACCCUGUCGAGGGUUCUCAACCCACCUCAAAACGUGGACCGCAUCCCCCACCUUCGUCGUGUAAGUCCCUGGAAAUCCCAAGUCCAGACUUCGUCCUCAUUCUCUAUUGGUGACUCUGACAGCCUAGAUGAGCUGUGUUCAUCUGGACUAACUCCUACCCCGGCUCCCCGUCCUGCCGCAGAUGACACCCUGUCAGAGGUAGGCUCCAUUGAUGAUCAUAGUAUAUUUAGCAUGGACCUGGAGGCAGAGCCCUUGCAUCGUCCUUCGGCUAAGAAGGAAGGGCUUGUAGGUGGGGGCUGCAGCUCUGGUGCCGCAUCAGAGUGCUCCUUCGAGAGUGAUGUCCCUGCAGGGAUGCUGAAUGGCAAACGCAGUAGCCUGAUAGAGAUCUCACUGUCUGCUCUGCGAGGAGAUGCGGAGGAAGAUGACCAAGUACCUGACACUUUCUCUGACUCGAUGAGUGACCGGACAGAGCCAGACAAAGCAGGGGUUGGUUUCUUUUUCAAGGAAGACAAGGAGCGACCAGAGGAUGAGAUGGCCCAGCGAAGAGCAGCUUUGCUAGAGAAACAGCAGAAGAGAGCAGAGGAGAUGAAAAGACGCAAACUUGAGCAGGAAAAAGAAAAAGAAUCAAACAAGCCUCAGUGGAUGAUCAUCGAGGGCUGGGGGAAUAAGAGUGAGGACAGACCUCAGACCCCAGGCACCCCCCCAGCAUCACGCACCCCACCAGUAGAGGGGACUCCCCAGCGCAGAGGAGACUUCACUAGGCAGGAGUAUGAGAGGAGACACCAGUUGAAGAUCAUGGAAGACUUGGACAAGGUGCUGAGGCAGAAACCCACCACGGUUCGUGGUGUCAAGAAGCAGAGACCCAAAACUGUGUUCAGAGAUGACUCUGUCCUCUCUCAUAGCCCUGUCAAGGGUUUCAUGGGCACCAAGCUGAACAAAGUGUAUUCCCACUCAACCAUGAACCUGUCCUCCAUGGCUAAUGACUCUGGAGGCCUGUCUGUCAGGAAGUCUCCCAGCCGUUCACACUCUCCUUCCCGGCUAAUGUCACCAGGCACCAGACGAAUGAGUGCUCAGAACGGAGAGAAAGACUGGGAGAAUGGCUCCACUAUUUCCUCCCCUGCCUCAAUCCCGGAAUACACAGGACCAAAGCUGUACAAAGAGCCUAGCUUUAAGUCCAACAAGUUCAUCAUCCAUAAUGCUAUCACUCGCUGCUGCCUGGCUGGCAAGGUCAAUGAACCACAGAAAAACAAGAUUGUAGAGGAUAUGGAGAAGAGCACAGCCAACCACUUCCUCAUUCUCUUCAGAGAUACCAGCUGCCAGUUCAGAGCAGUUUACACCAUGAACCCUGAAACUGAGGAGAUGGUACGGCUCACUGGCAUUGGCCCCAGGAUCAUUGCACCUGAGAUGGUUGAGUCCAUUUACAAAUACAGCUCUGACCGCAAACAGUUCACUGUCAUCCCGUCCAAAACCAUGUCCAUGAGUGUUGACGCCUUCACCAUCCCUGGCCACUUUUGGCAAAAGCGCCCAGGGACUCCCAAGAAGCUUGGCACUCCCAAAUAAAGACAUACCCAAGAUUGGGUGGAGAUGUUACCAUUCAGGGAACCAACUCCCAACUUGACUCCUAUUGUUCUCUAUUUUGGCCAGUGAGGCACUUGAGAUUGUUUAUUACCCAGUUAGACAAGCAGUGGACAGCAUGACUGAUUAGGUUUUUGGCCAGCUAUCGACUUGGACCCUGAGAAUAAUCCAAUCAACUCUACAAGCCAAGAGAAAGGGUCAAUCACUCACUCAUUCAGCCAAUGUAGUUACUAUAGUUUCUCUCUUGAGAGCUUCUGAUUGGCUCUGCCUGGUCUACCUAGAUUGUAAAAUGUAAUGCGACUGAUUCUGUUGGGAUGAAGAAUUCUCUAUACCUUGCACCCUGCCUCCUCAUGCCUUGCCUUACCCUACCCCCGGAGUCAUUUUUGCGACUCUUAGGUAAGAAAAAAUUGGGGACAACCACACUGCCUUUGCCCGCACAACAGUAUUUUGGGCCAGAGUAGUUCCCGCCCCUCUCAAUUCUGCUUGCUUUUCCUUUUGCUGCCUUUUCUUCUUCUUCCAGGGCUCACUCUCUCUCCAGUCUACUGAGACAAGUGGCUCAGCUCUCUGUUCUGAUAAGAGAUCUCAGCUGAAAUUAUUAGCAGGUAACACUGCUCUCAUAUGAAUGUAGGGCAAACACUAACCACUCAUUCCAUUCAGGGGUGUUUUCACUGGUUGGUCAGGACCAGAAAAUACCAUAGUGGGUGGUUCCUCUGUGGGCUGCACUGGUGGUGGCUACUGUGGUUGUCAGUGGACUUGCACACCUAGAAACUGCCUGUGCCCCCAUAGUUCAUGCAUUCCACUCCAUUUCAUCUCUCCUUCAGCUGUAGACAUCUGGAUGUUUUUUAUAUACUGUUUUGACAUGUUUUUGCUGGACAAAUCGCUUCGGCCUUUGAGAGCUGAAAGAAGAAUUAAAUUGAUGUGACUUUUUCCUCUUAACUUGCUUUCUCAUUUUCAACAUGCGAUGAAUCGAAAUGUUAUCUGAGCUUAUCUUGGAAAAAAUACUGGAAACAUGAAGGAGGGCUUUAUCAUGUUUAUCAUUACUUGGAUACAGCUCUGUGUGAAAAUGAUAAUCAAUGCUGAUUUAAUAUAUGCUGAAUGCUGAUUACUUUGAUUUUUUUGACAAUGAUUUGUAAAAAGUAAGUUGACCUUUGUAAAGCUAUGAAUAAGCUAGCCUGCUGCUUAAGCAUUAGUGAGAUGUAUGUUUGAGAUGAGAAUGAGUGAAUGAGAAUGGAUAGAAAUUGUCAAACAGCUGAAACCCUUUGUCUAGGGAUGAAUAAAUCCUUUAGGUCAAUAGGAGUCUGUUUCCUAUUAUAUGAUUUCCUGUUUGUGUGUCCCUGCAUAUAAAUAGUAGGUUUCUUAAUGAAGGAUUAUUUCGGACUGUAACAGCCCUCAUCUUCCCCACAGUCUCUAGAGACUCCUUCAUGUAUAACUGGAAUGUAAAACGCCAAACAGUUUUAUUUAUUUUUUUGCCAGUGUGUCCAUGCUAUUAGGAAAAACACUUGACCCUGCAGUUGCUUGUGAUCAGGUCAAUAUCACCACAAAAUCUGUGGGAAAUUGGCCAUCUUCCCUUCCUUUGCGGUCUUAAGCACUACAGCAGCUGCCAUGGUGCAGCUGUCUUCUUUCAAAUCACUGACUGCCUCUAACAAAUUGUGUUGUUUGAAUGAGAUUCCAAUACAGAUGUGAACAAAAUGUCAAGAGCAGCAUUUAUGAAAAAUGGAAAGAUGAUUGAUUAGAAGUGUGACUGGAGGAGUGCAUAUGGAAUUAGUGGAUGUUUGUAUUUAUGUUUGUAAAGAGUAGUAUGUGGUAGUUAAACACUAUAUUUUGAUUCUGUGCAAUUCUCCCCUAGAAAUCACCAUGGCACCCAGAGGUGUAUGUAUUUGGUUUGCAUUAGAUGGUGCAUUUGGUGUUUAGUUUCAGGUUCUACUUAUGUCUUUUUUGGUUAAGAUGGUAAGUUACUCAUUCAUUUCAUAGACGUUGUCAUAACAUUGAUGUUGUUUUCUUUCUCUUCUGUUUAAAUCUGUGCCAGCACAUUAUGUAUGUUCAUUUCAUAAAUUGACGAUCCUUGGCAACUGGACCAGACUAAUAAAAAUCCUUUUUAAAUCAU